UUUUUUCAAGGACAAAAUCAAUACUGCAAUUGAUACGUUAAACUUUUUCAUCAGAUGAAUUAGGAAAUGCUGUCUUUCAGUCCACGAACAAAACAUGCACCUCUUUGAUUCAACAAAGCUUGGUCUCUUUUCCAGUCUUUCAAACUCAUCCACUUUAAUGUAUUCAGGUGCUAGUUUUCUCCUUAAUCCCAUUUUCCUGCGUGGGUUUUCUGGUUCAUUGCACCUAGUUUUGUUACUUGCCUUAGUCGUCUCAUAUAUGUGGAAGAAACUCAUGAGGGGUGAUGGUGGUGAGGGUUCUGGAGAGAGGUUUAGGAACAACAGGAGGUUUCUGUGUUCUAAGCAGACUCUUUUAUGUUGUUUAGGUGUUUCAGUGUUUAAUCUUUUCUUGUGUUUGCUGAGCUACUUUUAUUGGUAUAAAAAUGGAUGGUCUGAUGUUAAACUAGUGAACCUUUUUGAUUCAGUGCUUAAAACACUCUCUUGGGGUGCACUUUCUGUCUAUUUGUAUACCCUUGAUUCAGGUGAGAAAAGGUUCUCAUUUUUAUUGAGAGUUUGGUGGGUUUUUUAUUUCUCAAUUUCUUGUUAUUGUCUCGUUGUAGAUUUUCUUUUUUAUCACAAACAUGAGUCCUCAGAGGUACGGUAUUUAUUAUCUGAUAUAGUCUCUGUGUUCAGUGCUUUGUUUCUUUUUUAUGUUGGGUUCUUGAGACAUGAGACUCAGGAUAGCCUUCUCGAGCAACCCUUUUUGAAUGUUGAUAUUUCUAGCGACACAAGUAAUAAUCCUACUUUGGAGUCAAAUAAGUCAAGGGGGGGUGAUGCUGUGACGCCUUAUGCAAAUGCUGGUCCUUUCAGUAUUCUUACCUUCUACUGGAUGAAUUCUCUAAUUGCUUUUGGCAAUAAGAAGACCUUGGACCUUGAGGAUGUUCCUCAACUAGACAGUCUUGAUAGCGUGUUUAGAGGAUUCCCAGCUUUUAGAAAUAAGCUGGAGUCACAUAAUGGCGCUGCUAGUAGAGUUACCCCUUUCAAGCUCGCCAAGGCAUUGUUCUUGUCAGCUUGGAAGGAAAUUCUAUGGACAGCUUUGUUGGCAAUAAUAUACACCUCAGCUUCCUAUGUUGGUCCAUACCUUAUCGACGCUUUUGUUCAAUGCCUUGAUGGACAAGGAGAAUACAAAAAUCAGGGAUAUAUUUUAGCUUCAACCUUUUUCGUUGCGAAGCUUGUAGAGUGCAUCUCACAGAGGCACUGGUUCUUUAGGUUGCAACAAAUAGGAUUAAGGCACCGUGCAGUAACAACCACAAUGAUUUACAACAAAGGUUUGACCCUCUCCAAUCAGUCAAAGCACUGCCAAACUAGUGGUGAAAUCAUCAAUAUCAUGACUGUUGAUGCAGACAGAAUUGGUGAGUUUUGUUGGUACAUGCACGAUCCAUGGUUGAUCCUAUUGCAAGUUGGUUUGGCCUUAUUGAUUCUAUACCAAAAUUUGGGGCUUGCAUCAGUUGCUGCUUUUGUUACAACAAUAGUUGUCAUGUUGAUAAACUAUCCUCUGGUUAGAUUACAAGAAACGUUUCAAGACAAGUUAAUGGACUCAAAAGACAAAAGAAUGAGGGCAACCACAGAGAUUUUAAGGAAUAUGAGAAUUCUUAAGCUUCAGGGGUGGGAAAUCAAGUUUCUGUCUAAGAUUCUUGAACUCAGAGACGUAGAGACAGGAUGGUUGAAGAAAUAUGUUUAUAAUUCGGCAAUGAUCAUGUCUGUCUUCUGGCUAGCUCCGACUCUUGUGGCUGUGGCCACUUUUGGUGCUUGUAUGCUUAUAGGCAUCCAACUUGAAUCAGGGAAAAUCUUAUCUGCACUUGCAACUUUCAGGGUCCUUCAAAUGCCAAUCUAUAGUCUUCCUGAUACACUUUCUAUGAUAGUUCAGACCAAGGUUUCUCUUGACCGAAUUGCCUCUUUCCUUUGUCUUGAUGACUUGCAGCCUGAUGUUUUGGAGAAGCAACCAAUUGGAAGCUCUGAUACAGCAAUUGAGAUUGCUGAUGGAAAUUUCUCCUGGGAUUUGUCUUCACCUAGUGCAGCAUUAAAGGAUAUUAACGUCAGAGUGCUCCAUGGCAUGAGAGUUGCUGUUUGCGGAACAGUUGGUUCAGGCAAGUCAAGCUUACUUUCCUGCGUUUUGGGGGAACUGCACAAGAUCUCAGGGACUCUCAAGUUAUGUGGGACGAAGGCCUAUGUUGCCCAGUCUGCCUGGAUAUCGACUGGCAAGAUUGAAGAGAACAUAUUGUUUGGUAAGGAGAUGGACAGAGAAAGAUAUGACAGGAUACUGGAGGCAUGUUCCCUGAAGAAGGACCUUGAAAUUAUGUCAUUUGGUGAUCAAACAGUUAUUGGUGAGAGGGGAAUCAACUUAAGCGGUGGACAAAAGCAGAGAAUUCAGAUAGCACGGGCUCUGUACCAAGACGCCGAUAUCUAUCUAUUUGAUGACCCUUUCAGUGCUGUGGAUGCUCAUACAGGAUCUCAUUUAUUUAAGGAAGUUUUACUUGGUCUUUUGAGUUCAAAAACAGUUAUUUAUGUUACUCAUCAAGUUGAAUUCUUACCUGCGGCUGAUCUUCUCUUGGUAAUGAAAGAUGGAAAUAUUACACAAGCGGGUAAAUAUGAUGACAUUCUCUGUUUAGGAUCUGACUUUAUGGAACUAGUAGGUGCCCGCGAGGCAGCCUUAACAGUGCUUGAUUCCAAGCAGAAAGGACCGGCAUCAGAUACUGAUGGUAUUAUGCAGAAACAAGGAAAAAACGAUUAUGAAAAUGGUAAAUCAGAUAAGGUAGCUGAGCCAAAAGCACAGAUCAUUCAAGAAGAAGAAAGAGAGACAGGUAGUGUUGAAAAUGGUAAAUCAGAUAAGGUAGCCGAGCCAAAAGCACAGAUCAUUCAAGAAGAAGAAAGAGAGACAGGUAGUGUUGGAUUUCCUAUUUACUGGAACUAUAUCACAACAGCAUAUGGAGGAGGUCUUGUGCCCUUUAUAUUAUUGGCACAGAUUCUCUUUCAGGUCCUUCAAAUUAGUAGCAACUACUGGAUGGCAUGGGCAGCUCCUGUGUCAAAGGAUGUUAAACCUGUUGUCAGUGGAUCUACAUUAAUAAUCGUCUAUGUCUUGUUCGCUAUUGGAAGUUCGCUUUGCAUUUUAGCUAGAGCCACGCUUCAUGCAACAGCAGGGUACAAAACUGCAACUCUACUCUUCAAUAAAAUGCCUCUGUGCAUAUUUCGUGCUCCCAUGUCCUUUUUCGAUGCUACCCCUAGUGGACGAAUUAUAAAUAGAGUUUCUACGGAUCAAAGUGCAGUUGAAACUCGAAUUCCAUAUCUAAUUGGGGCACUUGCCUUCUCAGUUAUCCAGCUUCUAGGAAUCAUUGCAGUGAUGUCACAGGUAGCAUGGCAAGUUUUUAUCGUUUUCAUCCCUGUGAUUGCUGCCUGCAUCUGGUAUCAGAGAUAUUACAUAUCUUCUGCAAGAGAGCUUUCACGUUUGGUUGGAGUAUGCAAAGCUCCAGUUAUACAACAUUUUUCUGAAACAAUUUCGGGAGCAACAACUAUCAGGAGCUUCGAUCAGCAAUCAAGAUUCCAAGAAACAAAUAUGGAAGUUACAGAUGCGUAUUCUCGGCCCAAAUUUCACAUUGCUGGUGCAAGGGAGUGGCUUUGCUUCCGCCUGGAUAUGUUCUCUUCUGUUACUUUCGCUUUCUCUUUGGCUUUCUUAGUCUCCUUCCGAAGCAAUAUUGAUCCAGCCAUUGCAGGCUUGGCUGUGACAUAUGGACUCAACCUAAACAUGUUACAAGCUUCAGUGAUAUGGAAUUUAUGUGAUUGUGAGAACAAAAUCAUAUCUGUAGAGAGAAUUAUUCAAUACAUUUCUAUUCCCAGUGAGCCGUCUCUUGUAGUAGAAGCAAACAGGCCAGGCCGUUCUUGGCCAUCCCAUGGUGAAGUUGAUAUCAACAACCUGCAGGUCCGUUAUGCUCCACAACUGCCACUUGUGCUCCGCGGUAUCACAUGCACCUUCGCAGGGGGGAAGAAAACAGGUAUUGUAGGGAGAACAGGCAGUGGUAAAUCAACUCUCAUACAGACUCUUUUCUGUAUUGUCAAACCUGCUGCUGGUCAGAUUAUGAUUGAUAGACUUGAUAUCUCAUCGAUUGGACUGCAUGAUUUGAGGUCAAGACUAGGCAUUAUUCCUCAGGAUCCAACCAUGUUUGAAGGGACUAUACGAAGUAAUCUGGACCCACUUGAAGAGCACACUGAUGAACAGAUCUGGGAGGCUCUUGACAAGUGCCAACUUGGAGACGAAGUUAGGAAGAAAGAAAGAAAGCUAGACUCCACAGUUAACGAGAACGGAGAGAACUGGAGUAUGGGUCAGAGGCAGCUAGUUUGCCUUUGGCGUGUGCUACUCAAGAAAAGUAAGGUGUUAGUCCUUGAUGAAGCUACUGCUUCGGUUGACACAUCCACCGAUAAUCUUAUCCAGCAAACCCUCAGGCAACACUUCUCUGAUAGUACUAUUGCACAUCGGAUAACUUCUGUUCUUGACAGUGACAUGGUUUUGCUUCUGAGUCACGGGCUCGUUAUGGAAUAUGAUUCUCCAACAAGAUUGUUAGAAAACAAGUCAUCAUCUUUUGCACAACUUGUCGCAGAGUACAUAAUCAGGUCAAAUGCCACUUGAUUAUGUUAGCUCCAAUAUGUUCAUAAAUAGAGUUUUUUUAAGUUUUUGGACAGUGAAUAAUCAUACGAUAAUA